AUACUUGACCUCACCCAUUAGACUUUGAGUCGUGAACGCGCGCAGGCUUCUCCGUGCUUUGACAAAUUGGGUUUUCUAUACUUGACAUUACAUUUGUUUUAAUCCACUAUCUGCACAGAAAAGUCCUAAAAUAAGGAGGAUAUUACACUGAAACAGACUGGUAAUCCACACCAUCAACAUCAUAGUAGUUGUCGCAAUCAAAGUAAUUGCUGUAAUAUGUGCCAACGCAGCUGUUCAUCAGGUAACAUUUGAAGAGGGCCCUGUUAAUUUGUCAGCGUGGCGUGAACAUGACUGAGGUGGCACAAAAUAUUGCUGAUGUCGCAUACGACAUGACUGAUGUGGCACAUGAUAUGUGUGAUGAAGCACACGAAAUGAGUGAUAAAGAGAACAACGACGACAUGAACGAGUUGCAUGGCCGUGUGGGACACAAAGAGGAUGAUGUGGAACACGACAAGCAUGAUGAGGCAUACAAAAAUAACGAUGUGUCCCAUGACGAACAUGAUGAGGCACAAGAAAAGAAUGAGGCGCACAGCGACAAUGAGGAAGAAGUUCACACCGAAGAGGAUGAGGUUCACACAGAGCCCGAGGAAGAGGAGGAGGAAGAAGAUGAGGCACACGACAGGAAUGAUGUGGAGCACAAAGAAAAUUAUAGAGUUAAGGACAAGGUAAGGCAAAGGUCAAGAUCCAGGAAGGAUAAGAACGAUGUGGCACAAAAUGGAGUGGCACAUGACAUGAACGAUGAGUCAGAGAAAGAAGAGAAGGACCAGUCACAGAACGUAUCUGAGGUGGCUCUGAAACAAGAGAGACUUCUGAGCUCCAAAAAGCCGGUGGCCAGGAGCUACGUGCCCCAGAUCGGUAAGGCUGACGUGAAGAACAAGUUUGAGGCCAUGCAGAAGGCCAGGGAGGAGCGCAACAGUAGGAGGAGCCUAGAGGAGCACCAGAAAAGGAAGGAGCAGUACGUCAAGGAGAGGGAAUACAACCGCAGGAAGCAACAGAUAAAAGAACUACUCGCCUCCAGUGAUGAGGAGGAGGAGGUGAAGCCGGCCAAGAUAGAGAAAUCCUACGUCCCCAAGAUCACAGGCAGCGUGAAAGGGAAGUUCGCCGAGAUGGAGAAGCAGAGACAAGAGGAGGAGAGGAAGCGGAUGGAGGAGGAGAGGAAGAAGCGCGCCACCCAGGACAUCAUAGAGAAAGCGAAGAUGCAGAAGGAGCUGGCCAAGAAAGCCGCAGAGGAGGGAGAUGACACCAUCCUGGUCCGUGUGGUGCCGGCAAAGCCGUCACGACCGCCAGGCAGGAUCAAGAUGAACUUUGAGGACCUGGAGAAGAGCCGAGAGGAAGAGCAGAAGAAGAGGACAGAGGAGGAGAAGAAGAAGCGCUACAACGAGAACAGGCGCUCUUUCCGCGAGGCCAAGCGGAGCUCGGUCGUCCAGGAUGAGGAUGACGAACAGCCCACAGAGAAGGAGCAGGUGACUCCUGGGAAGCUAAAAAUGACGUUUGAGGAGGCUGAGAAGGAGAGGCAGGAAUGCCUGAGAAAGCAGGCAGAGAGGGAGGCUAAACAACGUCUGCAGGACGAGAAGAAAGCCUUCGAGGAGGCCAAGCUGGAAAUGGGAGACGAUGAGGAGGACUCACAAGGAGCUCAAGGCGAGAGAGAGGUCAUCCAGCCUGGUAAACUGAGGUUGAGCUUCGAGGAGCUUGAGAAACAGAGGGUAGAGAAUGAACGCAAAGCAGCAGAGGUUGAAUACAAGAGACGAAUGGAAGAGGAGAGGAAGGCUUUCGCCGAGGCCAGGAAAAGCAUGAUAGUGGAUGACGAUGACGAGGUGUUGAUGGCCAUGCUGAACCUGGAGGGCAGCAAGCCAGGGAAGCUGUGUGUCAGCUUUGAGGACAAGGAGCGUCAGAGGAGAGAGGCGGAGGAGAAGAAAGCAGAGGAGGAGGCCAAGAGGAGGCUGGAGGAGGAGAAGAGGCUCUUCGCAGAGGCCCGCAAGAAUAUGGCGAGCAACACUGAAGCAUGGAUGAGAGCACCACCUGUUUCGGACAACUGUGUGAUCACGCUCUCCGUAGCCAAUGUGCUAGAUGAGGAUGAGGACGGAAUGGUCAAGAGCGACUCCCAGGAAGCAUUGCACCCUGGAAAACUGGAGAUGAACUUUGAAGAGCUGCAAAAGCAGAAGGAGGAAGCCGAUAGGAGGUGCAAGGUGGAGGCGCGCAAAAAGAAAAUGGAGCAGGAGAAACAGGAGUUUGAACAGCUCAGACAAGAGAUGGGAGAGGAUGUGGUGAAUGAGAGCUCUGAUACAGUAAGUAAGGAGUAUGAGGAGCUGAAGAAACUCAAGAGGACCGGCUCCAUCCAGGCCAAGAACCUCAAGUCCAAGUUUGAGAAGAUCAAGCAGUUGAAAGACGAGGAGAUCCAGAAGAAGAUUGAGGAUGUGAGAGCAAAGAGAAAGGCUGUAGAUGAGGAAAUCAAAGAGAGGGAAGAAGAGAGGAUCCAGGAGGAUGAUGAUGAAAGCAAAAAGGACACAGAGAAGGGGGCUGAGGAGGCUCCGUUCAGACAGAAGGUGGACAUGCGCGCACGGUUUGAACAAAUGGCCAGAGCCAGAGAGGAGGAGGAAAGGAAGAGGGUGGACGAACAGAAGCUUCAGAGGAUGCAGUUCGAGCAGCAAGAGAUUGAUGCCGCUCUCCAAAAAAAAAGGGAAGAUGAGGAGGAGGAAGAGGGAAGCAUCAUUAAUAGCUCGGCAGCCUAUGAGGAUGAGGAAGACCACGCCAGGUCGGGGGCUCCGUGGUUUAAGAAGCCCCUGAAGAACCAAUCGGUGGUGGACGCCGAGCCAGUGCGAUUCACAGUGAAGAUCACCGGGGAGCCCAAGCCGGAGGUGACCUGGUGGUUUGAGGGGGAGAUGCUCCAGGACUGUGAAGACUAUCAGUACAUAGAGAGAGGAGAGACAUUCUGCCUCUACCUGCCAGAGACCUUCCCAGAGGACGAGGGAGAGUACAUGUGCAAGGCUGUCAACAGCAGAGGCACCGCCGCCAGCACCUGCAUCCUAACGAUAGAAACUGACGACUACUGAUGCUCUACUUUUUCUGGAACUUUCCCUGUCUCUCUCACUCCUUUUGUAAAACUUCAUCCCUCAUGGUAGGGCCAAAAAGAGGAGGAAACAGCAUUAUGCUCUCCCUUCCUUCUCGGGAUGCACACAACAUGAAAAGUGCAAUAUCGUGUUAUUUACGUAUUGCUCAUCAUUCAUCAAUAAAGCUGCACUCCCUUUCAGUAUUACGUUUAGGAUGAAAUCUGUGCCAAAUCACAUAUUGAUCCCCUGAGUGAUUGCUGUUAUGAAUGAUGUUCAGAUUGAUAACAUCAUAUACAAUACAUCAUAUAUCAAGGCUGUUCAACUCUGGUCCUGGAGGGCUGAAACGCUUCUGGUUUUCAUCCUCUCCUUCUAAUCAGGGACUAAUUCAGACUUGGGACACCAGGUGAGUGCAAUUAACUACUAGGUAGAAACAAAAAACUGAAAUGGUUUGGCAUUCCAGGACCGGAAUUGAAUAACACUGUCAUAAAUCAUAACAUCUUUUUAUCAGGUAAAGUCUCCCUUCAAAGGUAAAAUUUCAGAAAUUUCCAUUUGAGAAUAUGGUCAACCCAAUUUAAAGCCUAAUGAAAUCCCUGUAAAAUAUACAUAGCAGUAUGCAUUGCACAGUUCAUUUGCAGAAUUGGUUACUAAUAAAAUAAUGAUCUAAUUAGGAUUUUUGUUUCUUUUCAUUUUUAAUAUUUGAAUAAUUAUCUGAAAGGUUUGGUUGUAAUAUACACUUAGAUUUUUUCAUAUCCCAAAAGUAUUUUUCACAUUGAGUUAAAGUACAACUCUACAGGAAAUGGAUGAUAAUUGUCUUGGACACUGUUGUAUGGCUUGAAAUAUAGUGACAUGUUUGUGAUAUGUUUAUUAAAAGUUUUAAUAAAAUGUGCUAAAUACUA